GGGAAACAUGCCUUGAUGCUUCGAACCGCGGCGCCCUGUUGCUUAUAAAACUUCUUGACAACCCCAUGAUUCUUCCUUCAGCACUAUCACCGAUAUAACUGCCAUUAUGUUGAACGCCAUUACAAAGCAGGGAAACAUUGUGCCCAAGUCGAAUAUUGAAAUCCUCAACCAAGAAAUAGACGAUGACGAAGGACUAUACCGCAUUCGGGCCGGUAACCGUGUACAUUAUGUUACAAUUCCUGGCUAUGCGAGUUCCAAUCGCAUUUUCGAUGAAGACAAGCUCUGUAGGCCAUACCUUCUUGUGCCAGAACUUCCCCCAUUCCCGGACGCAGACUGGACGAAGAUGAGGCUUUCUCUCGGCCCGGACGGCAGCGUUCAAUCGGAUAUUUCUUUCGAACCACUGGACAAGGUCGAAUCCACCUGGCAUCCACGACACAUCGACGUUCUUUCGUUGAAGCGCAUCAAAUAUCACAAGCAACGCGUUCGAGAGGUCGAAUAUCAGGACAAGACUGCCAUAUCCAAAAUUGCCGUUCUGCAGUGGCUCGUUCCGCAACUCGAGCACGAGACUAGGACGUACGAAGCUUUGACCAGGUUGCAAAGUCCUGACGAGGUCCGAAUAACCCCCGAACGCAAGUUGCACCAGUUGGGGUUUGUCCAUGGAGACGCCAAUCGCUACAACUUUAUUGUCGAGCGGUCCACUGGGAACGUCAAGAUGAUUGACUUUGAGCAUGCUGAGCAAUAUGAUGAGAAGGCGGGGAAGGCUGAAAUUCAGAAACUGGCAUCUGAGUUGACAGAUGACUCAGGGCGAGGUGCACCUGUUACUUUCAACUAUCGUUAG